UAAAUUAGCUCUGACAGGUCUUAAAGUUUAAGUAAAAUAAAAUAAAAAAAAAAAAAAGCAUUCUAAGAUUUUUUGAACUUGAAACAAAAAGCCGCUUUUUUGUGCUAAAAAUUAAAAACAAAACAAACUGCUAGUACAAUAAAAAAAAUAAGUUUUAUUUGACCGGUCGACUAGACAUUUAGCUGGCUCGACGUAGACGUUUCAUUAAAUCCAUCAAGAAAAACCAGUCAAGUUAAAACUACUUCAGUGUCUUCAUAUACAUAUAUAUCACAUAAAUACAUCAAAAUUAUUUAUUACUCCGCAUUAAAAACUAAUAAAUAUACGCGAUGAGUGUCCUGUAAAUUAAAAAAAAAUAGUGAUAAAAAAAUAAUAUCUUAAUUUAUAUAAAUAUUAAUAAAUAAAUAAAUAUUUAUUAGUUAAAUUAAAUUACUUGAAUUAUUAAAUCAAAAUGUCUGGGUUUGAUGAAAAUCCUUUUGGUGAACCGACUAUCAAUGAUCCUUUCGCUGAUCCAGCGGUAAGAAGAGCAGCAAACACAGCGCCAGCAUCGCGCGGUAUUGAAGACUACAAUCCGUUUGCAGACCCUGUUCCUGGACAGAAUAAUAACAAUCAAACGCAGCAAGUACGUGGUGCCUCAAAUCCGCCGAUGUACGGUGGUGUCGGAGCAACACCGACACCUGCAACUCUGCAACCGACACAGGAAAUCCCGCCACCAAAUUACACACGUAAUCCACAGCAAACUGUGACACCAACGCUUGGAACUUUGUCGCCUAAUGCUGAACAAAGAGCUAAAGAAGAAUGGGAUGCCCGAAGAGAAGAAGAAUUAAGAAACCCAGCUUAUUAUCGAAGAAAUAAUUGGCCACCAUUGCCAGAAAAAUGUUGUUUCCAACCAUGUUUUUACCAAGACAUUGAUGUUGACAUUCAUACAGACUUUCAAAGAGUGGUUAGACAAUUAUAUUAUCUUUGGAUGUUUCAUGGACUUGUAUUAUUAUUAAAUGUGAUCGGUGGUUUCGCUUUAAUGCUGUGUUACAAAGAGUUCGAAACAUUCGGUCUAGGUAUACUCUACCUUAUACUAUUUACACCGUUUUCGUUCGUUUGUUGGUUCAGGCCAGCUUACAAAGCGUUCAAGAGUGAUAGUUCCAUUAAUUUUAUGGCAUUUUUUUUCGUAUUUUUCUUUCAACUUGUUGUAACUAGUGUCCAAGGUAUUGGAAUUCCUGGAGCUGGCACUUGUGGAAUAAUAAAAGCGAUAGCUUCUUUUGAUGGGACUGGAAAAGGAACAUUCGUCGGUAUACUGAUAUUUAUGAUUGCUACUUGUUAUGGUAUCGCUGCUGCUGGUGAUCUAUUAAUGUUGACAAAGAUCCAUCGCAUCUACCGUUCAUCUGGUGCGAGCAUGUCAAAAGCACAACAGGAAUUUACAACAACAUUUUUAAGAAACGAACACGUCCAAUCGGCUGCUGGUAAUGUUGCUGCCAGUGCGGUUCGCGCACAAAUGCAAGCAAAUACAAACCAACCGCGUUACUAAAAUAUAGAUAAAAUAUAAUUUAACAUUGCAUACUUUAAUUAUCUGUAAUUUAACAGUCGAUUAAAAAAAAAAAAAAAAUUUAGCCUUUUACAAGCAACUAAAUCCAAAUAAUAGUUAUCUUUUUAAAUGUCUAUUAUUUUUAAUGAAAACUGUACUU